CUUCUUUCUCCCACAGUCCCUUGCAGCGUGGGGUAUGACAUCACAGCGUUGCCAGCCGAUUGAAGCAGACGGUGCUCGCUACUGUGCUGCAGGUUUGAGGCUGACUUGGAUCAGAAGCACCGUGCAGGAUGGCUCACUGCUGCAGCAUCCGUGCGCUCCCUGCUUUCAUCUCGCUGCUCCUCAUUUCACUCACAGCUGCCAAUGGUUUGUUUGACAGCCAGCUCGGGGACAUCACUUACUGCAAGAAACAGUGCCAGACCGCCUUACAGCACACGAGCACCGCUACACAGGACCGCGUCCUGAACGCCUGUCACCGCGGCUGCCGGCUCUUCUCAAUCUGCCAGUUUGUGAAUGGGAACGCCGGGUUCAACACCACCCUGUCCGAGUGCGAGGGGGCCUGCCUGGAGGCAUACAGCAGGAGAGGGGAGCAGGACGGCUGCGUCGCGGGCUGCAGGAGCCAGCCUUCCGAGGCAGAGAGCAGGAGGAGAAGGCUGGAGGCCUUGGCCCACAAGGCCCACCCCUCCAUGCUCGACAUGGUCUCUGAUUGGUGCAGCAACAUCGUGAGCUCCGCCCAGAGCUUCAUCUCCUCCACCUGGACCUUCUACCUGCAGGCUGACGAUGGCAAGGUGGUGGUGUUCCAGAGCCAGCCUGAAACUGAGUAUGCAGCUCCAGAACUACAGGCUCCCAGGUCUGAUGUAGCUGAGAAAUCCUGGCCGCCAGUCAACUCCCACACCCUGACCCCACACGCAGGACCGCGCGAGCGAGCAGAGAAAGGGCCCAGGAAACCCGUCAAGACCAAACACCCCUCCCAGCACGCAGACGCUCUGCCAUCGGAGCAUGACUUCCUGGGCUGCAUGUCCAGGCGCUCAGGACUGCCUCGCUGGAUCCUGGCUGCCUGUCUCUUCCUCUCCAUCAUGGUGAUGCUGUGGCUCAGCUGUGCCAGCUUGGUGACGGCCCCAGACCAGCACGUCAAGACGCAGCUGAGUAUAAACGGUGACAAGGAGUUCCUGGAUGACGUCAGCAAAGUGUCUCCGUACCCCCUGACCCCUCUGAUCGCUGUAGCCGUCAAUCAAACGGACGAGCGCGAGGAUGCGGGGCCGCUGCCCGUCAAAGUGGACUUGGACCAGACGAUCAUCUAGAGCACUUCCUCUUCCUCUUCCUCUUCCUCUUCCUUUUAUAUAUACACGUGCCGUUCGUUUUGCUUUUCAUUACCGUACCGUAGCUUGGCGAUGAAGAAUACUUUUUCUAAAUCUUAAUCUUAAAAAAAUAAGUGGAAAGUGCUCCUUUUAACUCGGUUCCCCUACAGACACAGACUUCAGAUCCCACAGGAAGUUUAAACACUUUGUUUUCUUGUAUGUGUUGUGCGUUUCUUUUGUAAGAUUCAUGGAUCGAAUCAGGACUCCCGUUGCAUAGCAGCUAGAUGCAUUCCUGGUUUUACUGAUAGCUCACUCAUCCACAGUGCAUUGGCUGCAGUGUCAGGUGGACCUAAUUCAGCAUACAGUAAAACCCGGAAUGGCUCCAACUGCUGUGCAAUGGGAGUGGGGUUUCUGAUUCCAUUACUGUCCAGGGCAUCUGACCCAGGGUGCGCAGAGCAGGUCAGAUGAUGGAAAAAGACACUUUGUUUUGUUGUGUUGUUCUCUAAACACAUUUAUUUAUUGUAUUGCUGUGGUUGUGUUGUCGCGUCCGUCAUGCUAGUGCAUUGCUAAAGGUGUAGAAUAUUUGUUUAAAAGACAAAAAAAGCACUUAAUUUUUUUUUUUUUUUUUUUUACAGUUAGUUGUGCAUUCAGUCCUGUAGAUCAGUAACACAACAUAGCACAUCAAUGCUAGGGCAGUUCUGCAGUAAAUCUACACCAGUUAUAUCAGGGCCCAACACAGACGCAGUCAAAUGACUGACUUGUAAUGUAGAUAUUUGAAUAUAGUGCAAAAAUAAUCCAAUAGUAUGAUAAUAAAGUUUCAGCCUCACUCUGGAUCCACUAGGGGUCACUGUGCAGUUUGUACAAAUCCUACUCCAUUUAAAAGGUUAUUUAAGCUGUGCAUGCUUAAGAAAAUAACCCCGCUUCAGUAAGUGAAAGUUGUGUCCCUGUUCAAUACAGUGCGUAGAUAUCUGCUGACUUGGAUCAGGGUCGCUUCCAUCCUGCUGGUUCCAGUGAUGUCACAAGCAUGCUGCCAGCCCUCCUUUCUUUACCUUUCUCUUUGUUUUAUCGUGCAUGCUGCUCCGUCGUGCUUAGAAGCUGCUGUAGAGCUGUGAAACGGGUCGGGACAUAAGAACAUCUGAUUUUAAAAACCGGCUGCUUGCCUGUAUCCGGAGGUGAGGUUGUACGUGGGAGUCUUGGGUGUCGAGCGUGCCAGGGGGACAGGAGAGCCCGGAUCUGCACCAGCACGUUGACCUGGCACCCCUGUCCACACAUAGCAGUCUAGAAUAUAACACAGACACAACUCUGCCUACAAGGGUCUGCAUUUUGUAACGAAGUAAAGGAGCGACAAAGCAAGGCUUUCAAAUGAAAUGUUGUAGCCUCUUAGGAACCUUCUGCCUGAGCCUCCUUUCUGCCGUGCUCAAGAUGUUAUUCUCUAUUUAUCAGAGUGGGCGCGGUAGAUUUAGUGAUUUACACAAAUAUUAAAAGUAACUUCAAUCCAAUGACUAAAAGACAUGGAAAAAGUCUCCCUAGGCGAAACGUUUUUGUCGCUGAAUUGAAGUUUGUUUUUAGUAUUUUGAAAUUCGGCACUGUUGUGUCAGUGCUGUGGAAGAUUUGUGGGUACCAGGAAGCAACUUUAAACCUUAUGUAUUUAAAAUCCUGCUCGCCAAGUCAAGUGCACGAGCAGAGAACCAGGAGAUGUGCAAGAGGAACAGUGAGGAUGCUGCUAGUGCUGAGGCAGGCGCAGAAGAACUGUGUUCUUAGAGUCUUGGUUUGAAAUUGCUUUACUGUACGGUUUGACUGUCGGUCGCUGCUGGCUCAAUUCUCAGUUUGGUACACCUUGCAUCUUUUUUGAAAUGACUGUUAUUACAAAAGGUUCUGUUUUAUUUUCCUGUGUGUAGCUUGGGCAGUGAGACUGCUGUGUGUGCCGCGGAGCAACAGCCUAAAGCAGAAUCUACCCAAAGUAAAAAAAAAUAAUAAAGUUUCUCUUAUCAAGCUGAUCUGCAUUGACAGAGUAAGUGCUGAGACUCCAAACAUCUCCGGCAUUGAACUCAUUCAAAUAUAAACCCUUUUUAAUAUUUAACGUUUUUUCAAACCCUUCAUUAUUUAAACCGUGGCAGUGUGGGGUUUGAUUAGACCAAGGAAAAGGACAGAAAACAACAGGGCAGGUUUUUGCUUUGGCUCGGUGACAACGGCACUCUCAGCCCUGCUCAGAAACCGCCAUUCCUUCUCCUCUGUGUGUGUCUUCAGCUGUUCUUGAGUCUAGUAAAUCUGGUCACAAACUGGUGUCUGG